CACAAUGAACACGGACGUGAUCCUCCUUAUCAUCGCCGUCGCGGGGCUCCUGGUGACGUUUGCGACGACGCUGUAUCUUGUGGGGUAUUUCCGCAGCGCAUCUUCGUCCUCAGUCGAGGAGAAGGAUCCACGCCAAGCUGUAGCAGGUGGAAUGCCACGCAAUAACAAUCGUGGAGGUCUUCGUGCACUGCGCCAUCGUCGGCAAGGCGCUGCUGUCGUGAACGAGAACGCCGAGCACAGAGCGCAAGCUGUGGAAGUACACGAUGGUGCCGACAAUGACGUUGAAGAAGCCACACGGGUGGUGGGAACGUCAAGGAAGGCCAUGCAAAAGGAGCUCAAGCGUCAGGAACGCGAGCAACUGCGCAAGUUUGAAGAGUCGAGACGGGAAGAGAAGAAACGCCAGCGUGAAGCGAAAGAAGUCGCACACCGCAAGCGCAUGGAGGCGGCCGACGCCGACGACGCCGCGAGGGAAGCCGACUUGGAAGCGAUGCGACUUCGCCAGGAAGCCGAAGACCAAGUCGAGUUUGACAAGUGGCGGGCGCUGAUCUCAGUGGAGGAUGCCGGCGUCGACGCUGACGUCGUGGACGGGUCGGUGGACGGCAGCAACCUGUUGUUGCAAGCGUUCGUCGAGUACAUCGAGGUACACCACCUCGAUCGAUCGUCCCAUGCACAAGUAUCCUCCUCCUACGUAGAGCCACAAAGUGGUCGUGCUCGAAGACGUAGCCGCCGAGUUUGGGCUGCGCACAGAGGACGCGCGGGACCGCGUGGCGGCGCUGGUCGCGUCGGGUCGGCUGUCGGGGCUUCUGGACGACCGCGGCAAGUUCGUGUCCAUUUCAGACCACGAGAUGAACGCCGUCGCCGCGUACAUCCGGACGCAAGGGCGGCUGACGUUGCACGACUUGGGGCGCGAAUGCAACCGCCUCGUGCGCUUCGAUUGAACCAACCAACCCUUUCUCGUCAGUGCUGAUUAGUUUUAAGUAUAUGUACCUCGUCAUAGCACAUACAUAUACAUCCCUAUCGCGACA